UGGAUAUUCCAAGACCGUAAGCUGUGUCAUCGGACCAUCACCAUCAUCGGGCAAGUAUACGACAAGCAUGUCGCUACCGUUACUUGUCGGCGGAGCAGAAUGUGGGCCAGUAAACCCACUACAGGGUCUUUCGAAACGCUUUGACCAGGACCGAGGCGUGCAGCAGGAUCAGUUUGGUGUAGGACGUGCUGGGCCUUCCAGACAGACAUUUCGCACUCAGCAAGCAGGUCCAUCCGUUGUCGAUCAAGACGCUGCCCGCUUCUUCUCCGCGGGCUCACCUCAACCGCUCACCGCCAGUCGUGCAUUCGAUUUUUCUGCCCUUGGUUCUUCCCUCCCUGCUCUAAAUGCACAACAGGAUCAUUAUCCACAGCCAAAUGCGUUGUCUGGCUGGGCUGCAGAUUUCAUGCUCCAGCAACCUUCUGUGAGUUCAUCGUCACACGACCGGGUUGCAGCAGUCAGCCCCUCGCAAAGCUCGUCGACACCUCGUUUACACUAUUCACCACCUUGGAAUAAUGUAGCCGCAUACGGACCAUCUCAAAGACCGGUUUUCCUCCCUCAAAUACCGAAGAAUAUCUCAAACCCACCAUCGGUUAUGCAUGAUACCCGCGUGUCUUGGGACAACGAAUUCGAGUCGCAGGAGCAACUACUUCAUAAACAAGAGGACCAAUCCCGUCAAAUUCAGGGAGAGCAGGACGAGUUGGCGCGAACAGCUGGAAUGCUCCUGGAAACCGUCCAGGGUGAAAAUAAUCCCAAGUUUCAGAAUAGUCAGUUCAUGGGAUUGAUGAGACAAUUGAGGGAUCGAACCAUUGUUGUCGACGGGAAUCAGAUGGUAGAGAACGACGGAAGCUAUGCUCGGACGACCUAUUCCACACCGUCCGCGAGUUUGAAAGGAAAGGGCAAAGCCGUUGAACUUCCACCCGUGACUCAAACUACUUUCGCUUCUCGUACCAAGGAAAAUCUGAAUGUCAUUGACCAACUGAAUGACAAUGACGCCUAUUUCAAACAAGAAAACGCGGAAUACUCUCAGUUCUGGAGUGACGUGGAAGCGACGAAACCCGAUCAAGUCACCGCCAACUCAGCUUGGGAUCGUUUGCAGAGUGAUUGGGAUCGGCUGGAGACCGAAGCGUCAGCGAUCAAGCCGUUGAAUAACUACCAGUUCCAGGGAAACAAUCCAUAUCUUGUUGGAGACUCGACAAGAACGAGGAACCACGCGAUACAUUCCGACGAGCGUCUAUCCGUCUUCGAAAGCGUGCUAGAACUCGAAGCAGCCGUACAAAGAGAUAUCACAAAUGCUAGGGCCUGGUAUGAACUGGGUGUGAAGCAGCAAGAGAACGAGAGAGAACAAAAGGCUUUGCAGGCGCUCGGUAGAGCUGUUGAAUUGGAUCCGGAACACAUCGAAAGUUGGUUGGCCCUUGCGAUUUCACAGACGAAUGAUGGGAAUCGUAGCGGAACCUACGGCGCAGUGUGGGAAUGGGUAAAACGAAAUCCCAAUCCUAAAUAUGCGUCAUUGCGAGGAGAGAUUCCGCCAAAGGUGGAUGAGUGGACACCCGAUGUAUGCCAGAGUUUGGUAGAAUGCUUGAUGGGCAUGGCACGUCUUGGCAACGAUGCUGGAGGGAUUGAUGCAGACGUGCAGAUUGCUCUUGCUGUGUUGUUCAACAGCAGUGAGGAUUACACCAAGGCACAGGAUUGUUUUCGUACAGCGUUGGCGAUCAGGCCAGAUGAUUGGCUUCUUUACAAUCGUGUUGGAGCAACCAUGGCCAAUAGUGGUCACGCCGAAGAUGCAUUGCAGUAUUACUACCGGGCCCUUGAAAUGAACCCUACAUAUAUUCGAGCCAGGUAUAAUUUAGGGAUUUCGUGCAUCAGUCUGAGGCGAUACGAGGAAGCAGCGCAACAUAUCUUGGAUGCGCUGGCGCUACAGGAUGCAGACGCGGCUCCGGAUAACGAAAAGCUCAAUGACAAGCGAGGUAUAAUGAGUCGUGCAUUAUGGGACAGUUUGAAGACUGCGUGUCUGCAUCUCCAGAGGUUGGAUCUGGCAGUCUUGUGUGACCAGAAAGAUCUUCAAGGUUUCCGAGAAAAGUUUAUGAACGUGCACGUGUAGAGGAUUUGAGGAUAUACGGACUUGUUACACGAAAAAGACCUGUGUUGCUUUCAAUAGGUGAAAAUUGAAUACGUAUACUGCCGCCCCACUUUU